CCGUCGCCAUUUUCAAAACGACCAACCUUUAUUGCGCACACGACAAAUGUUGUUCAGCAAAAGCGUUUAAAUAAAGAAACGGAUCGUUUGAAUAACAAGUGACGGAGCAGAGGAUUGUGACCCUCAAGACCGUCACUAAAAAUGAUGGAUCUUCCUCACUACAGCAGUCAGCUGAUGCAGCAGCUGUGGGCCCUGAGGAAGGAGGGACAAUUCUGUGACUGCACCAUCCUGGUGGGAGACAGUCCUCACCGAGCACAUAAACUGGUGCUGGCUGCCUCCAGCAUGCUCUUCAGGUCCCUGCUCGAAGGCUCAGACACCAUCUCCAUCGACACGACCGUGGUGUCCUCGCAGGAGUUUGGCUGUUUGCUGGACAUGGUGUACACUGGGAAACUGCCUCUGGGGAAACACAACGUCAGUCGCAUCGUCGCCGCUGCAGACAACCUGCAGAUGUUCGAUGUGGCUGUUGGGUUUAAAAAUGUCCUCACCAGCCUUGUGAACCAGCAGACCCCUGUCUCUGCACCACAGACAUCAAGGGUCAUCAAAGACCUAAGUGAGAACCCUGAGGGUUCAGCGUCAUCGAACAAGGACGGCUCCACCUCAGACAAGACAGAGCUAAAGGUCGAACAAGAGAAGGAAGAAUGUGAGGGUGACGGUGAAGAGGUGGAGGAGCCACCACUUAAAAGAGCAUGUGUUGAGCCCUGCAGUUCCUCAACGUCUGAAGAAGCCACGUUUUCACAAACUGCAGCAGAAGAAAACAAGGCGGCGAUCGAGGCGUCCACUGGUGUCCUGGAACAUUCUUCUCAGAUUGUGGAGCUCCUCGCCAACGUGUCCUCUGUUGUGGAGCUGCUGAGUCAGGCAGCACAGAGCAGCCUGGAGAAAAACGAGAGACAGGUCGUGUGUCAGUGCUGCAAGGAGGCAGAUGCCAGCUCAGCCCUGGAGAAGCUGAUGAGCAGAGUCAAUGAAGGGCAGCUCAGUAAAGGAGGGUUAUUCACUCUGCUGCGGACCAUUCAGCAGAAAACCUCCUCUUUCCCUCCAUCACUGCUCUCUCUGCUGGGAGAGGAGGAGGAGGAGAAGGAGGAGGGGGAGGAGGAGGAGGAGGAAAGGAUAACGCAGGAGCCAAACAGAGACAAUACGACAGUGGAGUCAGCGGAGCAGAAUGGCAACAGGAGUGAAGAGAACGAGGAGGAAGAGGAAGAGGACGACAAAGACAUUGAUGAUCCGUCAAACCCUGUCUCCUCUGCCCCGUCUCCGUCUAAGCGCUACUCUUGUCGCUGGUGUAACAAAGGUUUUAACUUCAAGUGCCGAAUGCUGAGCCACUUGAAAUGCUGCUCCUUGUCCCAGGAGUGUGAGCAGCAGUGUCCACAGUGUCCAGAGAAGCUGGCCAACCUGCGGGCACUGCAGCAACAUCGGGCCAAAGCUCACCGCAGCAACACACGUCUUAAGAAGAAGGUGUCCUGUGACAUUUGUGGAAGGCUCUUUGCCCAUCCAUCAGGUAUGAUUUACCACAAGCGAACAGAACACUUUGACGAGAAGCCGUUUGCCUGCAAGGAGUGUGACGCCAAGUUUGCGGCCAACUCGUCGCUGAAGAACCACAUGAGGCUGCACACGGGAGAGAAGCCGUACCAGUGCAAACACUGUGACAUGAGCUUCAGUGUGGCUGCUGCGCUCGCUUACCACAACAAGAGGAAACACUCUGAAGGGAAGAUGUAUGUGUGUCAGUACUGCAAGGCCACCUUCGCCCAAGCCAUUGAACUGACGCGUCAUGUGCGCACACACACUGGGGAUCGUCCGUAUGUGUGUCGGGAAUGUGGUAAAGGCUACAUCCAGGCCAGUGGACUCACUGCCCACCUACUCACCUUCCACGACAUAUCGGAGCCUCAUGACUGUCAAAAGUGCUGCCUCAGUUUCAACUCCGCAGAGGAGCUUCAGCAGCACAUCGAGGAGUUGCACCCAAAGGACUUCCAUAAGUGUCCCACCUGCCACAAGGUGUUCACCAGCGCCGCCCUCCUGGAAAAACACAGCGGAACGCACACUGGAACCAAACCCUUCAGCUGUGACCUGUGCAGCAAGUCGUACCAGCAACUGUCAGGACUGUGGUACCACAACAGGAUCAACCACCCUGAUGUGUUUGCCAGCCACACCCGGCAGCUCAAGACCAUGGUCCAGUGUGAUCUUUGUUUCAAGUUCUUCCCCGGCGCUGCCAUUUUGGCCAAACAUCAAGCUGCUGAGCACCAAGCUGUUCUGGAAGGAGAGGAAGAAUUGCAGAGCGGUGAGGAGUUCAGGUGCUCGCUCUGCACCGCGCUCUGCUCCUCGCAGCAGGAGCUGCAGGAACAUAUGCUCUCCUGCCAAGUGGAGGUACGAGAACAGCAGGAGGACGCAGAGGAAAAGGUGUCCACGUCCCACACAGUGAUUCCAGCGGAUCAGACAGGCAGUGAGGGGGCGGAGUCAGGGAUGAGCGAAGCCCAACAGGUUUUUGUGACUCUAGCAGGUGGAGGACAAGGCGGAUCAUCGUCAGAAGUGGUCAUGGUCAACAUGUAUGACCUGCUGAACAACUCGGUCACCUUCAUCUGUGAGGACAAACCGUCAGCUCCUCAUUCUCAGCCAUGAACUCUGACCCCACGACAGUGAGGACAUGCGUGUGUGGUUUUAUCACCACCUCUGGUCAGUAACAUGAAGACAGUACAGGGAAAGAAGUGACAGAGUUCACGAGCCAAGGACUGUCAGUUUUUUGUCCACCAAAGGUUGUUGUUAAAUAAAAUUUAUAUUAUUUCACUUGUAAAGAAACCUAGGUAGGCUUCAAGUC